CAGACUACAUUUAUUCCACUUCGAACUCUCGAAUCUGCAACAACGCAACGGUGUCGCAGUUUUUCACAAAUUCGAAUCUUAAAACUAAAAAUCUAAAUCUAAGUGAAUUAUUACAAAAAAAAUAUACAUUACAAACAUACAUUUAAAGAAAAAUUAUUUGCUCACAAUCAAAAAGAGAACAGCAAAAAAAAAUCAAGUGAUAACAAAACUUAAUUGGAUUACCCAGAAUUUUGGAGAAAACCAGCAGAGGAUUACCAGUCAUCAACCAUAACUAAAGUUAUAAAAAAGAAUUUUUAAAAAUCGAAACAAGUGUUUUCAAGUGCAAUUUUUUCGAAAUCACAAACACAUCAAAAAUUUAACAAAACCUUGAACAUUCCACACUCAGUAUUUUGUUUUAUUUUGGCAUUAUUUUGAUUUUAAUUUUUUUGGCUCUACUCGAGUGUGUGUACAAAAUUUGUUAAUCCAAAAAAGAGGAAAAAUUGAGAAAACAAGUUUUCAAUUUUGUUAUGAAAUUGGAAAAUUAAGAGAAACCACAAAAAAUACACAAUAAAAAAGCCCUUAUUUUCUAAAAUCAGUGAAUAAAUAAAUUCCGCAAAACUGGCUCUCAAAAUUCGCAAACAAUUUGCCCAUCAAGCUUUUGGUAAUUUCCCACCCGAGGAUUUUCCCAGCGGCAACGAUCUGAGAUCGACAUCGCCCACACCCCACAGCCGUUCGAGCAGCAGCCACAACAACAUGGGUGGUCCACCAGCUACCUCUAAUCCCGCCACAUCAUCAUCGGGCCAUCCCGAGGGCCAGACAUACUGUUUGCGCUGGAAUAAUCACAAAUCAAAUUUAAUUGAAAUUCUCGAUGCCCUCAUCAAGGUGGAGAGCUAUGUCGACUGUACCAUUGUGGUCGAUGAUCAGGUACAAUUCAAGGCCCAUCGUGUGGUUUUGGCUGCCAAUUCACCAUAUUUCCAAUCCAUACUGCAGGAUAUGCCCAUGGACCACUGUAGCAUAAUAUUCCCCGGCGUUAAGGCCUUUGAAAUGCGUGCCCUCUUGGAGUAUAUGUAUACGGGAGAGGUGAAUGUCACCCAAAGUCAAAUACCCAAAAUUAUGCGCAUUGCCGAAGAGUUGGAGGUCAAGGGCCUGUUCGAUAUGGCCGAUUUAAAGGAGAAAUUCCACAAGCUAAGCGAAGAACAUGCCGAACGCACAGCCAAUAAUCCCUAUGCCAAUACAUCGGCACCUAGUAAUCCCUACUCUUCGGUGAGCACAUCGUCGGCGGCAACCCCGCAACAAACCACCAAACACAAUGAUAAUGAAAAUUAUCAUCACAAUUCCUCCUCCGUGAUCUCUACCUCAUCGAAUAUUUCACCCUCGGCUGCGCCGUCCUCAUCCUCCUCACCGCCCUAUAGUAAUUACAAAUCUCCCUAUACCAGUCUGUACAGCAAAUCUCCGGCUGCAAAUCAAUCAAAUAACAACUCACCCGCCCAAUCGACCCAACAGACACCCACUCACAACAACAACAACAACAAUGCCUCGGCUUCGGAACGUUCAGGACAAUGGGCCAUGUCACCAUCGGCUGCUGCGGCCGCUGCUAUGUUGAGUUCUGUCUAUGAAUCUGCACCCGACAUGAAUCCCCUGAAACGCAAGAAACUUUCCUCAAUCUCUUCGAUGCUCAUGAAUCGUGAUACUCCAAUUUUACGCAACGUUUUGGCUCAGGCAAAUCCCGCUGACUCCUCGCAGCCAAUGCCCCUCAUGAUGCCUACCUCGGGUGGCAAGGGUGAGAAAAUGAGCUCCACACCCAGCAGCAUGGAAAAGGGCAAUGGCAAUCACAGUUUCAAUGGUUCCGAUUACAGUAAUGAUAAGUUAAAAUAUCCCGAUGAACCCCAUUCGCCCUACACGGAUCGCUCGUUCGAAGAUGAAAGUUUCGACCAAAAAGGCAACUAUUCGAAUAACUUUGGCAACAAUGGCAAUCAAAAACCCGAAUGGAAGCGUUACAAGCAGUACACACGCAAUGACAUUAUGUCCGCCAUUCAGUGUGUGCGCGAUGGCAUGAGUGCUCUGCAAGCUUCUCGUAAAUUUGGCGUUCCCUCUCGUACCCUAUACGAUAAGGUCAAGAAGUUGGGCAUUACCACUGGCCGUCCCAUGAAUCGUACCAUGAAACGUAGCCCCAGUAAUGUUGAAUCUCCGGCCGCAUUUCCAUUUGCCCAUGGUUAUGGUCAGGCAGCAGCUGCGGCCAUGCAUGAGGCGGUGGCUCGUGAGGAGCGGGAAAUGAAGGAGCAUCAUCGUAAUUCUGAGCAUCAUCACAUGGCUGCCACAAUUCCACACCCAGCCGCCGCUCUUUUAGACCCCGCCUUCUUGCAACAGGCCUUGGAAAAUCGUGGUGGUGAUAUUGCCGGCCGAGAGGCCCUACAUGCCAUGGCCUUGGCUGCAGCUGCCCAUGCUGCUGCCAAUCGCAUGUCAGCCAGUCCGGGACCAAAUGGUAAUGCUGUGCGUUCACCAAGUCCCAACAGCUUUUCGCUGAAAUAUGGCAACAUGCGUAAUGCUGUGGAACAGGAAUUCCUGGAACGUCAUGAAAUGGAAAGGGAACGUGAAAUGGAACGCGAGCGUGAACGUGAAAGAGAUUUGGAACGGGAGCAGGAAGAGGAAGAACAUGAGCGUAGCAAUGAGGAACGUGAACGUGAAGCAGACGAUCAUGUUGAGGACUUGUCAUUGGCCCGUAAAGCUGCCCACACCCCAGUCGAUUCGGGACGUCCCAGAUCUGAAUCACCCUUCUCGCCCACCACCACAAACAAUGGUGAUGACAAAUCCGUUAUUAUGUCCACCAAAUUGCCAGCCAGCCAACAAUCCACGGCGGAAAAUGAUAGCUUCAUUCAUGAAUCCAAACUGAAGCGUGAGGUAAUAAUCGAUGAUGUUAGAGCUGACUGAUUGAUGCUGACCAUGGCUUGGCAAUAUGCGGCCGAUACAUGUUAUGAUGCAUUAUUCUCUUCGCGUUAGUUUAACACGGCACGGCAACUCUGCCUUCAAUGUGGGGAGCUGCUGGCAAAGAGGUGAAUAUAGUUUAAGAAGGUUGGCAAUUCCAUGCCCACACAGAUAACGGUCAAUGGCGUUUUGUGGGUACAUAGGGUUGCCAUGUGAUUAUUUAUUAUUAAAAACCUGGGGGAGAAAUGUUGCAAAUUCCUAGGAGCCAUUUCUUUUAUGUAAAUUAUUAUUUUUUUUAAACCAGAGUGCAAUAGGAGUUUUUUUAUUUUCAGGUUUUAGUUUCAGGGACGUUAAACGUAGUUUUGUUGUUCUCUCUCUUUUUUUAAUUAUUUUCCUUUUGAAACACGGUUUUCCACGAGAAAAACGUCAUGUCGGUACAUUAGCUUUACUUUAAACAACAAAAUGUAUAUUCCUAAAAAAGCAAGAGAUCCAAAAUGGAUCCAUGUAAAAUAAAAGGGCGGAAAAUAAUACUUUGUUUAUAGGAAAUAUUCUUCAACUCUCUCUCUUUCAAUGCACAAUAUUUUCUUCAAAUUCAAAUGGAAUACUGCACUUUUUUUCGUAUUAGGAUAAGAACAUAAGAAUAGCAAAAAAAAUAUGAAAGAUUUAAAUUCGUUUGUUAUUAUUAAAAUAUCACCGUGUGCCUAAAACAAGACAAGAAAUUUUAACAAAAAAAAUAUAAAAUUAAAAAAAUUCCUAAAAUAGGGAAUAACUUUUAGAUAUAGGUUAGCUGUUUAAGGUUAAGAUAACUGGGAAAAGAAAUGAAACAUAAAACCAUGCCAUAACUAUCACUCACCUCACGCCCCAAAAUGUUAGCGCUAAGCCCUUGCUUAAUAUUAUUAUAGCCACUGAAAGACUGAUAACAAGGGCUCAAACUAAGCUAAAAUCUAAUUAAGUAACAACAACAAAAACAGAAAAGAGGCUCAAUAUUCUAUAGAAUUAAAGAAACACAACAAAAUUACUUACCUAGCUCAUGUAAUCUAAUCAAAAGGGGAGUAAAUCAAUGGCAACAUCAUUUUAAGUGUUGCCAAACACUGCCAUGUGGUGUUAUUGGCAACACCUAAUUUGACACCGCCAAUGAUUUGACAUUCCCAAAAAAGAAAAAAAACAAGACAAUUAUAUUAUUAUAGUUUUCUUUUUGUUAUUAAACAGAGAAAAGUAUGCCAGUGAUUUGUUUUAAAAAUCUUUUAGUUAAUUUUAAUUAGUUUUUGUUUUAAAAAACUCAUCGAGAGAAACCCAACUACCUCAAAUAAUUAGCAAUACAAUAUUAUAUGUAAAAAAAACAAAAAACAAAACAAUAAUGAAAAAUAUGUACAAAUUAGCCUAUUAAAAAUAUUAUUAUUUUUUUCAUUAUUUUUUAAAAAAUAACUGUGUUCAAUAAUUUAAUUUUUUUAUUUUUAAUUUUUUUUCCUAAUUAUACAUAAGACUGAGACUCUUAAAAAUUUAUUAAACAUAAAAAUUCAAAACAAAAAAAAUUGGAAAUCUUUGAAAAACAAACAAAUAACUUAACAUUAAAUAAGCACUUUUUAAUGCACCAAUAAAUGUACAAAAAGAAAAUAUUUGAAAAAAAAAAUUUAUUAUAAUUUAUAAAAAAAAAACUUCGAUUUUCCAACCAACAUAAAGUUGGUGUUAAUAAUGGAAUAAAACGCUGGGGGCAAUGCAAUAGGCUUUCUUUAAUAAUUUUUUUAAUUUACUUAAAUUUAAUUAUUUUCAAAAUAUUUUUAGUUAAUUUUUUUUACUUCUCUUAGUUUAAAUUUUAUUUCUUUUAAUUUUGUAUAUAGUAUUUCUUUAUUUUAUCUUAAGUUUUAUUUCCAUGUACAUAUAGUGAUUUGUUAAUUUUUCCCUUCUUCUUUUUUUAUUUUAUUUUGAUAAAAGCAAACUAUUAUAAAACAAUCAAAUUUUUUUCCAAACAUCUUGUUAGUUAAGUUUCUAUUUUUAGUUACCAUUUAGCUAAAUUGUAUGACUGAAGAAAAAGAAAAACAAAAAUAUUGAAAAAAAAUGCAAAAAAAACACAAACAACAACAAUAAAAACAUUCACAAAAUUAUAUUAAAAAAAGAAAA